ACCGUGCCUAAACAAAAGGCUCGCAGCUUAGCGGGGCUGAUUUGACUAGCGGGGUUCAAGAUGAGCCGAGGCAGCAGUGGCCGUGAUGAAUAAAGGGGUCAAACAAGAUGGAGACCCAGGAGGUCAUCCCUCUGUGUUUACCAAUGCUCACUCCGCAGCAGCAGCGAGUCCUGAAACAAAACUAUUGUCCGCAUUCAAGAAAGACACUCGGGCCGGGAAAGUUUACCUAGCAGGGACAGAGUAUUAUGGUGAGGAAGGGAAGACCUUUGAAUUGCAUCUUGUUGGGAAGAUAAAGCAACAGUUAAGCGCUGAUCCCACACUUCGCCCAGAGUAUCCAUCUUCUCUUGGGCUGACAGAUUUCACCAGGCGAGCCACAGAGGUCACUUUGGGGAGGAGCUCUCAGGAAAUAGCAGACAACCGGGUGUUAGGUGUCCAAACUCCUGGUUUUACUGCUGCUGUGCGUCUUGGGGCUGAACUCUUGAGACACUGGUACGAUGUCACUUGGUGCGGGCCGGUCUACCUCUCUUCCCCUUGUGAUAACUCGUUGGCUGGUAUCUUCCAGGCAGCAGGGAUCCAAGAUAUCCGUGAGUAUUAUUACUGGGAUGACAAGCAGCGGGGCAUUUGUUUGGAGAAGCUUCUGGAGGAUCUGGAGAGGGCUCCUGAGCAAAGUGUUGUUGUUCUGUCAGCAUCUGCCCACUACCCAACUGGAGCUGAUCUCUCUCAGAAUCAAUGGGCUGUGAUUACACAACUCAUCAUGAGGCGUAGGCUUUUCCCUUUCCUCCUGCUGCCUGCUCAGGCGCUCUGCUAUGGAGAUUUAAAGCGGGAUGCCUGGCCUGUACAGCACUGUGCAUCACAGGGGAUGGAACUACUUUGUGCCCAGUCGUUCUCCCACUGCUUUAGCCUUUAUGGGGAGGCUGUAGGACACCUCCUGUGCAUCUUUAAGGAGCACUCCCUCAUGUUAUCUGCACGGUCUCAAGCUAACAAAAUAGUCAGAUCGCUGUGGGCCCAGCCGUCUGUAGGAGGAGCACAUGUUGUUGCCACAGUGCUCAGUAACCCAGCCCAUCUUGUUGAAUGGCAGGGAGAAGUUAAACACAUCGUUGAGAGAUGUAUGCUGAUCAGACACAUUUUGAGAGAAAAGCUUAGGCUUCUGGGUACUCCAGGCUGCUGGGACCACCUGACCCAACAAGGUGGACUCUACUGUUGUACAGGCUUGAACGAUCAGCAGGUGGAAUUUUUGUCAAAGAGGAGACACGUGUACCUCCUUCCCAGUGGCUGUCUAAACGUGAGUGCAAUCAACGGCCGUAACCUGGAUUAUAUAGCUGAGUCCAUCCAUCUGGCUCUGACCGCUUCCCCCUGACCUUGUGGCUUUUGAUGAAGAUCUGAAAUCAGUGUCAAUGGGGCUUUUCAGCCUCACUGAAAAUAUUCAGAUUGAACCUUUCAUGUCACAUUGAAAUGCUCUGUUUCCAGCUUCCUGUAAAUACUAGUGCAGGUGCAGCUAUUGCAAAGUAAAUGCUGUUAAACCGAUAGGUAAAUGUAUAACAUGGAUAACAUGAUUGCUUUUUGAAUUUCUGUUGACUUUCCAUGAUUGUCAUUAGUAACUAUCAGAGAGACCAGACUGUGAUGCCUUUUCAGGUGAGACACAUAAGAAAGGGAUGUGUUCAUGUGCCCUGUGUGUGUGGGAGUGCAUCAUCAGUAUGACAGCAGUGCAGUGAUCCUUCUGUUCAUUUUUUUUUUUUUGCCUUUAUCUGCUUUUGCCUGUAGCAAUAUACUGCCGGUAGGUCAAAGAGUCACAGACUUCAGCAUAUAAUUAUAUAUUCACAUUUAAUAUUUCUUUGUUGAUUAUUUUUUGAAGGCUGCCAGAAGUGGGAGAAUCUUUAAAAGUUUAUAGAAAGUAGCUGGUUAGGUUAGGUUAGGUUGUUAACCUGGCUCUGUCCUGAGGUAACAAAAUCCAUCAACGCCACCUCUAAAUUAACAUGUUUAAUGUGGUUUGUUUAGUAACGUCAGUUUACAGCUUCCAUUCCUGGUCACAUAGCCAGUUUACCAAAGCCAGGCAGUGUCUGACCUGUGUCCAUCUCUGGGUAAGAGGAGGGUCAGACCUGCACAGAUAGUCUCCCAACAUGGGUUUAACUUAAGUCGUGCUAGUGGGCAGAUUUAGUUACCUUUGGACAGCACCGUGCUUGCUGUUUCGUGUAGCAUAAAUUUAUACCCAGCUAAGCUAACUGGCUGCUGGCUGUGUCUUCAUAUUUAACAGACAAAUAGAGUGGUAUCAAUCUUCUCAUCAAACUCUCACUGUUCCUAUACAACCUUCAUAUAUAUGGUGGGCAUGAAUAUGUAAUUAAUGUCAUGACUGGCUGUGAGUCAUUUUAUGUUAAAUUGACCUUUAAGUGAGUUGUUCUAGUUUGCAUUUUGAAAACAUAAGAGAAAUAAUCAUAUCUGUGCGUGGCUAUAUACUGGAUGUUGUUAGAGAGAUGAUCACACACCACACCAGCACUAACUAAUGUAAGGUGAAUCAAUAUCAGUGGCCUUUAGAGGGAUAAUCCUCACAUGAGCAGCCAUAUAUUGCUUACUGCAAUCAAAGUAGAGAGGGUGCUUCAUGAACUACUUUCAGUAGCUGUGAAAAGCAGUCACAAAAAAUGCAUCACAAAUGUAUUGAAAACACUUGCUGUGCACACAGCAGUUAAUAAUUGAACUGGGUUUGCUGAGUAAACAGCCUUGACUAAAACAUCCUCACAAACAUUUACUUGUACAAACAUUUACCAUUUUUCCAUCUGUAAGCUUGAUGCACUUCUUUGCCAGUUUUUGAUUCUUUUCAAAUAUCACAGGUCAGGGUGACAAAUGUAUCUUUUUCCACACAUUACACAUUUUUUCCUCAUCGACCAGAUUCAUGUGUCAUUUUAUUUGUAUUGAAUUAUAUGGAGCCUUUACUGUUAUAUUAUCCAAAUAAUGCUUUUUUUUAAGGAGCACUUCCUUUCCACUCAAUCAAGAAACAUUUCCAAAUGAUGUGAAUUUAUUAUAAGGCAAAUGAUUGUUCGUCUGGAAGCAUCAAUGAGUAACCCUCUCUACUGUCAUGCACAUCUGUGUGGCAGUAAUGGAGCCAUACAAAAAUUAGCAUUGUUUUCUUAUUUUAUUAAAGAAAAACAUACUUUUUUUUUGAAAACACACAGCUUUUAUCUAACUAACUUUAUAUCCUGGAGCCCUCCUUUCAUUUGUGAGCUAUGCGACUGUUGUCACUGCACAAUGUUUAGUUCUGAGAAACAGGUUGCAACAAGGUAUUUAAUGGAGGCAGUGAGCCUGCUCUUUUCAUUUCAGUGACCUCGGGUGAACAACGAGGAUAAUCAACGUCCACCAUCAUACAGACUCUGAGCCAUUAGACGCUGUCUGGAGCCCUUUGAUUUGCAUCUGAGCAUGCUUACAUGUACACAGUGUUGGCAGAUACUUGCUCAUA